GUUUCUAACGUUUUCAGGAUUGAACUAUACUCUUGAGUCUUGACAAUGACAUCAUCAUCUGUUUCUGUCUACUUGGGAGAUGAAUAUCUCACACAAGAAACAAAAGAUCUGCUUUCUUCUCUUCCAAGCGAGAAAGGUUGGUUGGUGAGCAAAAUGUAUCAAUACGAAGGAAGUUGGUACACAAAAGGUCUGAUACAAGGAGUCUUGAACUGCCAGAGAAACUUUGAAGCCAAAGAUUCCGACAUAAUCCUCGCCACCACUCCUAAAUCAGGUACCACUUGGUUAAAAGCUCUUCUCUUUGCUCUCAUUCACCGAAACAAGUUCCUAGUUUCUUGCAAGCAUCCUCUUCUAGUUGGCAACCCGCACUCCCUUGUGCCCUACUUGGAAGCAGCUUACCGCGUAUCUCCUGACGUUAGUUUCUCCGAGUUGCCUUCUCCAAGACUCAUGCAGACGCACUUAACGUAUCAUUCUCUGCCUGUUUCCAUCAAGAGCUCGUCUUGUAAGAUUGUUUAUUGUUGUAGAAACCCUAAGGACAUGUUUGUAUCCUUAUGGCAUUUCGGGAGGAAACUUUCUCCUGAAGAAACCGCGGAGUAUCCGAUUGAAAAAGUGGUUGAAGCGUUUUGUGAAGGUAAGUUUGUAGGUGGACCCUUUUGGGAUCAGGUCUUGGAGUAUUGGUAUGAAAGCCGCAAGAAUCCGAACAAGGUCUUGUUUGUUACAUACGAGGAUCUCAAGAAGCAGACUGAAGUUGAGGUUAAGCGGAUAGCUGAGUUCAUUGGAUGUGGUUUUAGUGCUGAUGAAGAAGUGAGUGAGAUCGUGAAGUUGUGUAGUUUUGAGAGUUUGAGUAAACUUGAAGUUAAUAGACAAGGGAAGUUGCCAAAUGGAGUAGAGUCUAACUCUUACUUUAGAAAGGGAGAGAUUGGAGGUUGGAGAGAUACUUUGAGUGAGUUCUUGGCAGAGGUAAUAGAUAGAACCACUGAAGAGAAGUUUGAAGGUUCUGGUCUGAAAUUUUCUUGUUAAUCUUUAAAGAAUUGUUGUUAUGUUGUUAUGUUUUCUGUUUUUGCUUUACUGGUGUUUCUUCAACCUUGUGACUUUGUUCUGUUUUUUUUUUUAAGAGUGUUGAGUUGUUGAUGUUCUUCUUGUAUGAAUAAAAUGGAUUAUGUUUGUGUUU